GGCCCAAAGGGAGAAAAUGUUGGUUCGAUCACUCAGCCUCUUCCCAGCAGCUACUUGAUUUUCAGAGCAGCCUCCGAAUCAGAUGGCCGAUGCUGGCUGGAUGCUUUGGAACUUGCCCUGCGUUGCUCCAGCCUUUUCAGGCUCAGUGCCUCCAAGCAGGGAAAGGAUGGAGAAAUGAACUGCUCGAGCGAUUCUGCGCAUGCAGGGCUCAACCACCUCUUGCACACAAGCACUAUCUCAGACCAGGAGUUCUUCCAUUUGAAUGAAUCAGCCCUGGAGAACCACCACCAUUUGGAAAAUGAUGCUUUUUCGGACAAGUCUGAGAGAGACAACGUAGAAGAGUCGGAAAAUGAAACACAUGAGAACAGCCGGAAGACAAAUGAAAGUGAGAGCGAUCAGUCAGAAAUCCAUGGAGAGGUCUCUCUGGGAAGGAAAGGGACAACUUAUAUUGAACAAAUCUAUGAGGAAUUUGGGGAGACAGGUGAAUCGUCUCAAACAGAAACCGUCUCUGAGGAGAACAAGAGCUUGAUGUGGAUCCUGCUGAAGCAGCUGCGGCCCGGCAUGGACCUGUCACGGGUGGUGCUGCCCACCUUCAUCCUGGAGCCACGCUCGUUCCUUAACAAACUCUCUGAUUACUACUACCAUGCUGACCUGCUUUCCCAGGCUGUCCUUGAAGAUGAUCCAUAUAGUCGAAUGAAGCAAGUUUUGAGGUGGUACCUGUCCGGCUUCUAUAAGAAGCCAAAGGGAAUAAAAAAGCCAUACAACCCUAUUCUGGGAGAGACAUUUCGCUGCUGUUGGUUUCACCCUCAGACAAACAGUCACACAUUUUACAUAGCAGAACAGGUCUCCCAUCAUCCGCCAGUGUCAGCUUUUCAUGUCAGCAAUAGGAAGGACGGAUUCUGCAUUACUGGCAGCAUCCUAGCUAGGUCCAAGUUUUAUGGUAACUCACUUUCUGCACUGUUGGAUGGGAAAGCAAAGCUUACGUUUCUAAACAGGGGGGAAGAUUAUAUAAUUACUAUGCCAUACGCCCACUGUAAAGGACUUUUAUAUGGUACCAUGACAAUGGAGCUUGGAGGGAAAGUUACCAUCGACUGUGAGAAAACUAACCACAGGGCAGAACUGGAAUUCAAGCUAAAACCGUUCUUCGGUGGCAGCGCAAGCAUUAAUCAAAUCUCUGGGAAGAUUAAAUCAGGAGAAGAAGUGUUAGCAAGUCUCAAUGGACACUGGGAUGGGGAAGUGCAUAUAAAUGAGUUGAAAAACGGGAAUGCGGAAGUGUUCUGGAACCCGACCAGUGAAGUACGAAGGCAGAGACUGAAGCGCCAUAUUGUGCUGUUUGAGGAGCAGACGGACUUUGAGUCGGAGAGGCUUUGGCAGCACGUUACCAGUGCAAUAAACAAAGGUGAUCAGCACAAGGCGACACAGGAAAAAUUUGUGCUGGAAGAGGAGCAGAGAAGAGAGAAUGGCACAGAAUGGAAACCGCUGCUCUUCCAGCACGAUGCCACGACUAACGAAUGGCACUACAAAUAUGAGGAUUUAAGACCUUGGGAUCCUUUGAAUGAUAUUGCCCAAUUUGAGAAGAAUGGGAUACUUCAGACCAUGGAAAGACACUUAUCCACAAGGAUGUCAAACCACAAAACAACAUGCCUAAACAAUCAAAUUACACGGCACAAGAGGUCUGCCAAAGACUGCAGGCGCCGCAAAACCAGUGAUCAGCCAUCCAACCACAGCCAGAAUACAGAGAGCAGCUGCUCAACGCCAGAGUCGGUGCAGGAGCUCUCAGAUGAUGAUGGGUUUGAAAGCCUGUGCGCUCAGUGCGGGAAAGACAUGAAUCACCUGAAGGAAAUUCAUUCAGCCGUCUUAUCUCUACAGAGAGCCCAACAGGACAUACACAGAAACCUCAGUGCUCUGAACAAAAAGUCCUUCCACAGGAAGGUCUCUUCUGAAAGCUUCCUCCUGGACUCUCGCUGUUGGUUUCUCCUCUGCAUCUUUCUUACGUGUCAACUAUUCAUUAAUUAUGUCUUCAAAUAAAAUCACUACGUUUGGCAGCAAUAAUGAUUACUGGCUGCAGGAGGGGGGCCACUCACGCAAGGAGCCCAGCGAGGCACCAAAGCACUUUAGAACCAACGCGGCAGAGGUGGAAGAAAGUUGAAAAACGAGGUUAAAAAGGGACCUAGGAACCUGCAAAACUUUGUUCCUGCAGACUGUGUCAGUUUUGCCUUUUACAUGUACAUCUUCAAGGACCUCUUAACCUGUAUGGGCCUUAAUGCUGAAGCCAAAUGUAGCUUUAAUUGUGCAAUUUGUUUUCUAUGUCUUGUCAUUUUCUGAUGCAAUUAAUAAUUACCCAGCAGCAUUGGUACCCCCAAAAUGGUAAACACCCCAGCAUUUUGGAAAGCUCACGCCGGCCUGGUUCAUAGCUCUACGAGUGAGGGAGGGCAGUUGGGGAGCUGUAAAGAACCGAUGUCCACGGUGCCUGUCCGGCUGCCUUUAAUUAUGCGAGGGAGCACACUUCAUCCAAAAAAUCCACCCCCGGGAUAUUAAGUCAUGAUCUGUUUUGUCAGCACACACAGAAUGGGACCUCAGGAUGUGUUUUAUUUUCCAUUCCACAGGAACUGUAAAUAUGCACAAUUUCCUAGAGCCAUUCCUCUUUAGGAAAUGAGAAGUAUUCAGUGAAAGCUCCUUGUUUGUUUAUGGAGCUGAGUGGUAUCCUGGACCGGGCCCAUCGAGUGUAACAUCAGACACACCUGUCAUAAAACCUGGUCACUUACAAUUAUUGUUAUUAUUUGCUAUAUGGCUGUUUAUAAUAUCACACACUAGCAUUGUAGAGAGGCAUCCACUGCCCCAGGAUAGGUGAGAAGGAUGGGAGCGGUGUACAUGUACGUGUGUUCGGUCGUAGGCACAUUUAUUGUCAAAGGUCAGGAAGGAGGAAGGGUUUUGCCACUGCAUUGUUCAACUCUGUUAAUAGUCUUCCUAUUUUACACCAUUUUUUAAAGAUUUGCAAUAUUUUCUGUAGACUGCGGACAAUACUAAGCCUUUCUUUUCUGGCCUGAAGUAGUUCCAAGUGGUAAGUACUGCUAUAUAUACAGCCUUAAAAUACUUAGUGGUGGUGCCAGUCUGGGCUAUCUUUCAAUGUAAAUGUUUCCAAAUUUUUAAGUACAUUCCUCGUCAUAUUCCCCAGUUAGGGGAAACCUGUUUGUGCUUGAUAUGUUGAAAUAAAACUACACACAA